GAGAGAGAGAGAGAGAGAGAGAGAGAGAGAUGUGAAUGGGCACGACUCACUGCGCCCUGCACGUAUCGAUAUUAUCGAUCAGUUCGAUCAUCGAUACAUUAAACCUGCAGCGGGGCUGCUAGCUUAGCGUGGGAGCUAACCGGGGCUCCAGAGGCUACCACGAUGGGACGCGUGUGAAGCAGCCGCAGCUAACAGCAGCCUGGCGGAGAAAGGAACAAGGAAGCGGACGGCUAGCUGCGCUGCACCGAAGCUAACGUUGGCUAGCUGUUGGCUUAUAUUAUUUCUAAUGAACGACCGAGGAGCAUGCGACCUGAUCCGAGGAGCUGACUUGUUCGGGGAUGUCGGGCAGUAAGGCACUGGGCGGGGGGGCCGGCGGGGGGGCGAGGCGCAGGCGGACGCGGUGCCGGCGCUGCCAGGCGUGCAUGAGGACCGAGUGUGGAGAGUGUCACUUCUGUAAGGACAUGAAGAAGUUCGGAGGGCCUGGUCGGAUGAAGCAGUCCUGCCUCCUGAGACAGUGCACGGCUCCCGUGCUGCCUCACACGGCGGUGUGCUUUGCAUGUGGCGAGGCAGGGAAGGAGGACACUGUGGACUCGGAGGAGGAGAAGUUCAGCCUCUCUCUGAUGGAGUGCACCAUCUGUAAUGAAAUUAUCCACCCAAGCUGCCUGAAGAUGGGGAAAGCCGAAGGUAUCAUUAACGACGAGAUUCCAAACUGCUGGGAGUGUCCCAAAUGCCACAAGGAGGGCAAGACCAGUAAGGACCAGGCCGAUGGCUCAGGGAAGCGGCGACUGGAUAACGGGGAGGUGGGCCGUUGGAAACUCACAGAUGAGCCGCCCCCUAAAAAGAAAGCCCCUCCCUCCCUGGAGGAGGGGGGGAGGACAGCGGAGGGGGGCCACAAGAGGAAGAAGGAGAAGGAGCUGCCUCAGGACAGCGGAGCCAAGAAGAAGAUGAAAGCUGCCCAUGAGAAACGGCUGAAAAAGAAACCCAAACAGGAAGUGGUGGAGUCUAAUGGUCCCACAUCAUCAGCUGGUGGAUUUCAGGGCUCCUCCUCUUCCUCUUCGUCUUCUCAACCUGGUGGUGGGGGGGGGGCAGGGGGGGUUUCGAGUGCGGACCAGCGCUCGCACCACAGAGAGAAACUUGAACGUUUUAAGAGGAUGUGUCUGCUGGAGCGUCGGCCCGAGUCCUCCUCUUCCUCCUCUUCCAGUUCUGAGUCGGACUCCGAGUCCGACUCUGACGAUUCCCUGAGGGAGGAGCAAGGGGGAGGCUCCUCGCCAUCGUCGUCCUCCCCUGCCCCCCCUCCUCCGAUUGUCUACGGUAACAGCAGUGGGGGCCGGGUGGAGAGGGAGAGGAGUCGUAGCGAGCGGGAGAGAGAGAGGGAGAGGGAGAGACGUCUGGCCGAGCUGGGCUUCAGUGCCAGUGAGGAGUCGGAGGGGGAGGGAGGGAGGGGUGAGGAGGAGGAGGAGGAGGUGGAGGUGGGGGGGGGAGGGGGAGACAAGACACGGCGGAGAGGGGGAGGAGAUGGGGGGUUACCUCCAAGAGGACGGAAAGGAGGGCAGCUGGAUGGAGAGGACGAGGACACGCCCACAUCAGAAAGGACCAGGAAAAACUCCUCCUCCCUCCCCCCACCCUCACCCCUCUCAUCCAAUCAGAUGCCUCCAUCCUCGCAGCAUGACGGGUUCACGGGGAGGCAGCGGACCAAUGGGCAGGAGGCGCGCAACGGACGGACAAGAGGUGGGACGGGAGGGGUGAGGGAGGGAGGUGAGAAGGAGAACGCCAGCGGGAUUUUGACCAAUCAUAGACAUGGGGGGGGGGGAGGGGGUGGCACCAAGGGAAGUGGGAGUCGUGGCAACAAGAUCCGUAGCAACAGCAAGAACCCGAUGUCCAGAAACAACAUUUCCUCCUCGGCCAAUGGGGGAGGGGGGGCGGGCCCCGGGGGAGGCGGCUUGAUGAUGUCAACAAUGGCUGCGUCCCCCUGCUCCCAGCCAUCACGUCUCGCCCCUCGCUCUCAGAUGAUGAAGCGCAGCCCCCCGGCCGUGCCCUCGCCCCCCCGACCUGUUCAGAUGGAGAGACACCUGGUGCGCCCCCCCCCCACCUGCCCAGAGCCCAGCUGUUUGCCUCUGGACGGCGGAGCAUCGCACAUCGUGACCCGGGACGUCUGGCUCCGAGUCUUCACCUCCCUGAGCCACAGGGAGCUCUGCGUCUGCAUGAGGGUGUGUCGCACCUGGAGCCGCUGGUGCUGCGACAAGAGGUUGUGGACUCAGAUCGACCUGAGCCGUCAGCGCUCCAUCACCCCCCCUAUGCUGAGUGGUAUCAUCCGCCGCCAGCCCGUCUCCCUCAACCUGGGAUAUACCAACAUCUCCAAGAAACAGCUGAUGUGGCUCAUCAACCGCCUGCAAGGUCUGUUGGAGCUGAACGUUAGUGGUUGUGCGUGGCCGGUGGUGUCGGCGUUGUGUCAGGCCGUGUGUCCCUGUCUGAGGCUGCUGGAUCUGAGCAGAGUGGAGGACCUGAAGGACUCGCACCUGAGAGAGCUGCUUGCCCCCCCACCUGACACCAGGACAGCUCACGGGGAGACCAGAGCAGGACGCUUCCAGAAUGUGACGGAGCUGCGAUUGGCCGGUUUGGAUCUGACGGACGCGUCGUCUCGUCUGCUGGUGCGUUACGUUCCUCACCUGGUCAGGUUAGACCUGAGUCAGUGUGGGAACAUCACAGACCAGACGGUUCUCACCCUCACCUCCCCCAUCUCCCCCCUGAGAGAGAGCCUCACCCACAUCAACCUGGCAGGUUGUGUUAAAGUGACAGAGCAGUGCGUGUCGUUGUUGCGUCGCUGCUCGUCGCUGCAGACGGUCGACCUUCGCUCCUGCUCGCUCCUCUCGUCUGAGACUGGACAGUUGCUCUCCUUCCCCUCCCACAACUCCUCCUCCUCUUCCUCUGCCACAGUCGCUUCCUUGUCCUCCUGCCCUCCUGAAGACAGAACGCUGAUGAAGAACAGUUAAAGUCCACGCCACCUGACCGCCCAACCCCCCCACCUCCUUACACUACAGACAGAGGAGGAGCAAGAGGAGGAGGAUAUAUUUUUGCGAUGACAUUGUGGGUCAUAGUAAAACAAUAGAAACUCUGAGCAUGUACAUAUUUGUUCUCUGUAUAAUUCUGGCUGUGUGUAAAUAUCUGUAGUUUACUGUAAAUGACCUUUAACCUUUGAACCCAACACACUCCUCCAUCUAUCCUUCCUUCCGUCCACACUGCCACCAAUCGUCACACUGAUGCCCCCCCCCCUCGGACACACCCCCACAGGAAGUGAGAGUUGUAGGUUGGGGACCAUAUCAACUUAUAGAAAAGUUGCAGCUAACAGUUUCCCUCCGCUUCCAGUGUUUGUGCUAAGCUAGGCUAUCUUCAGAUCUGGUGCAGUUACAUGAGCGGACGAAUCACAUUUAGACGAUCCUGAUGUGUCGCACCUCAGGUUCCUGUCAAUCAUGUCGCUAUCACGUGAUGUCACCAAGCCUCAUGCUGACAGGCGAGUGGUUCUCUCCGAGCUGCGUCUCGGAGGCGAUAACCUGACUCCCCGAGUUCAGUUGGAACUGGCCAACGAGUUUAAAUGGCAUCAAUCCCAUUUUGAUUCGAGAGAAAAAUAACCAAUCGAAUGAGAGACAUGGCACGUAGCAAUGGUCCCUGACUGGACGCUCACUGGGGAGGGCGUGGUUGAGAUGCUGCCACCAGGGGGCGCCUGUAUGCCUGUGGUGGAUGUUGUUACUUCAGUGUUUCCUGCAGCUUCAGAAAUGAUGUACAUACGAAAGUUUAGACAAGUUUAUAGAACAAAAGUAUCAAACCUGUCGGAUGUGACACGUCGCCGAGUCAAACACAUUUAUUCAUCAAUGUACCUCAUCACGUCCACCAUCCAAUCAGAGGCUGAGCUGCAGUGUGGGUGUGUGUGGAUGUCGUGUGUAUGCGUGUGUGUGUCUCUGCAGUACGAGUUCAAAUCAUAAGAAGGGACUGUGCUUUAUUUCGAUGGGACCCUCCUCACCUGCAUCCCAUAGUCAGCUUACACAAGGUAAAGCAUACUCUUCCAAGCUCCGCCCACACUGACAAAUUAUAUUUUUAACUCUGUUUUGUUUCAGUCUGAAACUGAGACUUUGGUAAACGAUGAUGCAGACGUUCUCUUCCUGAUUGGUUCUCAUCAGUCACCUGACUUGACUACUAGCAGUGAACACGAAGUGUCAGUAGCACUUCCUGUCAGUAGCAGUUCCUGUCAGUAGCACUUCCUGUCAGUAGCAGUUCCACCUCGUCGUCCCUUCUCUGACUCGUCACCUUCACUGUUCCUCCUUCAGAGGAGUUUCUGUUACUAAGCAAACACCUGCUGAGGAGACAUCUACUUCCUGUUUACGUGACGUGUGUUUUCAGGUCUGUGGUGCGUCAGAGAUUGUUGCUGAUGCGUAGCUGAGACUCGGUGUGGACGUAGCCUGAAUGCUCUUGUUUCACUUUGAGGAAGGUUAGCGCCCCCGUCUGGUCACCUGAUCUGACCUUAUUCUGCACUUGUGAAAAACUUUUUCUCUGUGCUGUGCCAGUUCCUUUAAACAGCUGGCUGGCUGGCUGGGGGGGGGCAGGUGAUGUUUGGUUCAAGGUCUUUCUCUCUCUCUCUCUCUCUCUCUCUCUGUCUGUGUGUGUGUGUGUGUGUGUGUGUGUGUGUGUGUGUGUGUGUGUGUGUGUGUGUGUGUGUGUGUGUGUGUGUGUGUGUGUGUGUGUGUGUGUGUGUGUGUGUGUGUGUGUGUGUGUGUGUGUGUGUGUGUGUGUGUGUGUGUGUGUGUGUGUGUGUGUGUGUGUGUGUGUGUGUGUGUGUGUGAAUCUGAGCCUCUACGUCUUCAACAUUCGCCUCAAUUGUUCAUGUUUGUUCUUUGUUUACAUCGGCUCUGUUUCCCCCGAUCAGAUUCUUCAUCAUUGAUUUGGUGAUUGAUUGUUUUUUCUCAGGAGUUUUUCUUUUUUCUUCAUGUCAGGUUUUAUUUAUUUCCGUGCCACGUCAGCUUCCAUAGCUGAGUCUGAACUUUGUUUCACGGUCGUCACUCGUAAAUAAUUUUUCACCGUCUGUUUUCAACUUGAUGACAUCACUUCCUGUUUCGCUGCAUUCUUCAGGUUGUAUUUAUCUGUGGAAGGUCAAUUCUGCCAGGUAAAAAAAAAUCCAAUUAUUGUUGUGAUGCUUUAAAGUAAGAAAAGGGGGAGAAACAGGAAUUCAGAUGUGUCAUAGACGCCCGGAUGUUUGUGACGCCAUGGAGACUGAGUCAUGGUUUAAAUGUGACGGCGUCAUGGGCUACAGUCACCAACUAAACAAUAGUCUCCCUCUGCUGGCCAACGUAAUAGUUAGCUGAGGCUACGUUAGCCUCUUGUUGCACCACCUCCGCUGCUCUGUCAUCAGACCGAAACUCAACAAACAUUAAGAUGAAUUAUAUUGAGUGAACAAGUUGGAAAAUGGAAGCUAUUUUGAGACUUGUGUUGCUAGCAUAUUAGCAGUUCUGGCUAACAAGCUAAUGUGCAAACAACACAGAUUGGAUUGUUACCAGCCUGAGACUAUCGGUUGAUAAAUUGUUUUGUAAACAAAGUGAAAUUGAAUCGAUGACCACUUUGAUAAUUGAUGAACUGUUAAUGUGUUUAUUCCAAAAACUUUUUGGGAUGCUGUUGUCAGUUGAUUUAGUUUAUUCUGCUCUGUUUAAAGUAAAAGCUUCACACUGUCAGUAGUUAUUGUUCAUUUUAUAAUCGUCAUCAAAGAUCACGGAACACAGGGACCCCUGGUGGUCAUCUGCAAAUUAACCUCCAUAGAUAAGAGACUCCCACAAUCUGUCGUCUGAUUCGGGGAUGGGGGACUUUCACAUGGGGGGAGCACAGGGCCUGGGGCGGUUCCAUGUCGCCCUGAGGUCGAACAUGGUAAAGAAGCAGCAGGUCGGUGUUGACGUGGGACGUAGUCCAUGAAUCGACACCUCGUUGGUGACAUUUCAAAUAUCCACCACGCCGUGUCGGCGCCAUGUUGUGCCAUAAACUCACCAGAUCCACUUGUCACAGUGUAAACCUGCAAAUUGGUCAGUUUUUAUUUUUGUAUUCUGUUGUGAUUUAUUUUUUUACUGUAAUGUUUCGCUCUGUCCCUCCGAUGAUGCUUCACGUUUGACCUAGCAACAAGUGAGAUCAAAUCGGAUUGGACAAUAAUCUCUGACUCCUGAAAGCUCUUAUCCAAUCAGAUGUCUGACAUAUCUUAGUAAAAAGUGAGUGGGUGUUUUAAAGAUGCACUGGAUCAUCAUCACGUUUUGCCAAAUGUAUUUUUUGUUGUGAAAAUGGGCAUAUUAACGUUUGUUACUUUGUUUUGUUCCUUUUUCUUCUUUGUCUCGAUUCUUCUGUUGUUGAUGAAAAAAUGAAGAAGUUGAACAAAAAGUAAAAAGAGACAAAAAGAGAAACUCAAGGCAGCUACGUACGAGAGACUACUGUAAAACCACCGACCAAUAAAGAAGCAAUGGUUUGUUUUUAAA